UUUUUUUUUUUUUUUUUUUUGAAUUUCUUCUUUCUUUUAUCUUAUGAUGACGGAGGAUGCGAAUGCGAACGCGAAUGCGAAUGCUAAUGCUAAUGCUAAUGCUAAUGCUUCCUCCCCCUCUUACUGGCUCGAUGCUUGCGAAGACAUCUCUUGCGAUUUCAUUGAUUUUGAUCUUUCUUCAAUUGACCACUCACCCGAUAAUAACAAUAAUAAUAAUAAUAAUCAUGACUUUUUUGGUGGAAUUGAUCGAAUCUUAGACAGCUUCAAGAACGGUGCUGGCCUCCCUCUUCACACUUCCUCUCAUCCUAACACUAACCUCUCAAAUCCUACUAUUCAACAACACCAUGCUUUGCUCAACAACACUAACACUAACACUAACACACUUCAUCAUCAUGAUCAUCCCAAAAGGCCUCGCCUUUCCCCAUUCAACAAUAAUCAAAACCCUUUCUAUGCUACACUCAAUCAUCAACCCAACAAGGACGCCUCUUUCAAUAACAGGAAGAAGAGGCCAAGAGAUCAUUCUGAUACUGACAUUGAUAGGAAAACUAGGAGAGAUGUUAGAGAACAAAGAGGUUACUGGGAGAGGGAUAAGUCCUCUGCUUCCAAUCACUUAGUCUUUCGAUUGGGUACUUGGGAACCUGAUCCUAUUCGCCAACACAAAAUCCACAAUCACAUCAAACAGGAGGACGAACACAAUCAUAACACUUCUCAUGAUAAGCCUAAGGAAAAGGUUCCUGAGGAAAAAGCCAGACAGUAUCAGUUGGAUGUUCUUCACCAGGCCAAGACCAGAAAUACCAUAGCUUUUCUUGAAACCGGAGCUGGAAAAACCCUCAUCGCAGUUCUUCUCAUUAAAUCUAUACAGGAGACUUUACAUAAGCAGAAUAAGAAAAUGCUUGCAGUGUUUUUGGUUCCAAAAGUUCCACUUGUUUACCAGCAAGCUGAAGUCAUCCGUGAGCGGACUGGAUAUCAAGUGGGGCACUAUUGUGGAGAAAUGGGGCAGGAUUUCUGGGAUGCUCGAAGAUGGCAGCGUGAAUUUGACACUAAGCAUGUUUUAGUCAUGACUGCUCAAAUACUUUUGAACAUUUUGAGGCAUAGCAUAAUAAAAAUGGAAGCAAUCAAUCUUCUGAUUCUGGACGAGUGCCAUCAUGCUGUGAAGAAACACCCUUAUUCGCUGGUGAUGUCUGAGUUCUACCAUACAACACCCAAAGAAAAGAGGCCAUCCGUAUUUGGAAUGACUGCUUCUCCUGUUAAUUUGAAGGGUGUAUCCAGCCAAGUAGAUUGUGCAAUAAAAAUUCGUAAUCUUGAAAGUAAGCUAGAUUCAAUAGUUUGUACCAUUAAAGAUCGUAAAGAGCUGGAGAAACAUGUGCCCAUGCCCUCUGAGAUUGUGGUGGAGUAUGAUAAAGCGGCCAGUCUAUGUUAUUUACAUGAGCAGAUAAAGCAGAUGGAGACUGAAGUUGAGGAAGCUGCAAAAUCUAGUUCAAGAAGAAGCAAAUGGCAGUUUAUGGGAGCUAGAGAUGCUGGAUCUAAGGAAGAGCUGCGCCAAGUAUAUGGUGUUUCUGAAAGAACAGAAAGUGAUGGAGCUGCAAACCUAAUUCAGAAGUUGAGAGCUAUUAAUUAUGCACUCGGUGAACUGGGACAGUGGUGUGCAUAUAAGGUUGCACAAUCUUUUCUUGCAGCUCUGCAAAAUGAUGAAAGGGCAAACUACCAACUUGAUGUCAAGUUUCAGGAAUCUUAUCUGAGCAAAGUUGUAUCUCUUUUGAAAUGUCAACUGUCAGAGGGUGCCGUUUCUGAGAAAAAUGUUGGAGUUGAUGACUCAGAGAAUGGCGCGGCUCACAGUGGGUCUGACGAACACGAAGAGAUUGAAGAAGGAGAGCUUCCGGAUAGUCACGUCGUCUCUGGUGGGGAGCACGUGGAUGUCAUAAUAGGUGCUGCUGUGGCUGAUGGCAAGGUGACCCCUAAGGUGCAGGCUUUAAUCAAGAUACUCCUCAAGUAUCAGAACACAGACGACUUCCGUGCAAUCAUCUUUGUUGAGCGUGUUGUCUCUGCAUUAGUUCUACCCAAGGUUUUUACUGAGCUUCCAUCGCUUAGUUUUGUGAAGUGUGCAAGCUUGAUUGGUCACAACAAUAGUCAGGAAAUGCGGACCCACCAAAUGCACGAUACAAUUGCAAAGUUCCGUGAUGGGCGCGUUACGUUGUUAGUCGCCACAAGUGUUGCUGAGGAAGGACUUGAUAUCCGACAAUGUAAUGUUGUUAUUCGCUUUGAUCUUGCAAAGACUGUUCUGGCAUACAUUCAGUCUAGGGGACGUGCUAGAAAGCCUGGGUCUGAUUACAUCCUAAUGGUUGAGAGGGGAAAUUUAUCCCAUGAAGCAUUCCUAAGGAAUGCCAGGAAUAGUGAGGAAACUUUGCGGAGAGAAGCAAUAGAGAGAACUGACCUUAGUCAUCUGAAAGACACUUCAAGGUUGAUUUCUGUAGAUACCCAUCCAGAAACAAUUUAUCAGGUGAAAUCUACUGGUGCAGUAGUUAGCUUAAAUUCUGCUGUAGGUCUUGUUCACUUCUACUGCUCUCAGCUACCUAGUGACAGAUAUUCGAUUCUUCGUCCGGAGUUUAUUAUGGAGAAGCAUGAAAAAUCUGGAGUUUCCACUGAAUAUUCAUGCAAGCUUCAACUGCCGUGUAAUGCGCCAUUUGAAAACCUGGAGGGUCCUAUCUGCAGUUCAAUGCGCUUGGCACAACAGGCCGUUUGUCUAGCUGCUUGCAAAAAAUUGCACGAGAUGGGAGCAUUCACUGAUAUGCUAUUGCCUGAUAAAGGAAGUGGGGGGGAAAGAGAAAAGGCUGAACAAAAUGAUGAAGGGGAUGCAGUUCCAGGGACUGCUAGACAUAGGGAGUUCUAUCCUGAAGGUGUGGCCGACAUACUGAAGGGAGAAUGGAUUGUAUCUGGAAAAGAUGCUUGCAACGACUCCAAGUUGUUUCAUCUUUAUAUGUAUACCAUAAAGUGCGAAAAUUUAGGCCAUUCAAAGGAUCCAUUCUUGAAUCAGAUUUCAGAUUUUGCCGUACUUUUUGGCAAUGAGCUGGAUGCAGAGGUGUUAUCGAUGUCGAUGGAUCUAUUUAUCGCUCGAACCGUGACUACAAAGGCAUCUCUUGUCUUUAGAGGGUCAAUAGAUAUAACUGAGAGUCAGUUGUCUUCCCUGAAAAGCUUUCAUGUAAGAUUAAUGAGCAUUGUCUUGGAUGUGGAUGUUGAACCAUCUACCACUCCUUGGGAUCCUGCAAAAGCAUAUUUGUUUGCCCCAAUGGUUGGCGAUAAGUCUUUAGAUCCUAUGAACCAAAUUGACUGGCAUCUGGUUGAGACAAUAAUUGGAGCCGAUGCAUGGAAAAAUCCCCUCCAGAAGGCUCGACCAGAUGUUUACCUUGGUACUAAUGAGAGAACUUUAGGUGGCGAUAGAAGGGAGUAUGGAUUUGGGAAAUUGCGUCAUGGCUUGGCUUUUGGGCAAAAAUCACAUCCAACCUAUGGAAUCAGAGGAGCGGUGGCCCAGUUUGAUGUGGUGAAAGCUUCAGGAUUGGUUCCUCACAGAGAUUCCAUGCAAACACAAAAGCCUAUCAACAUGACUACUGCCAAAGGAAAACUGAUGAUGGCAGAUACCUGUACUAGUGCAGAGGAUCUGGUAGGGAGAAUUGUAACUGCUGCUCAUUCAGGGAAGAGGUUUUAUGUUGAUUCAAUACGCUAUGAAAUGUCAGCAGAGAACUCUUUCCCUAGGAAAGAAGGUUAUCUUGGUCCUCUGGAGUACAGUUCUUAUGCUGAUUACUACAAGCAAAAAUAUGGUGUUGAUUUAGUUUACAAGCAGCAACCUCUUAUAAGAGGGCGUGGUGUAUCAUACUGCAAGAAUCUAUUGUCCCCUCGAUUUGAACACAGCGAAGCACAUGAAGGUGAAUCUGAAGAGACUCAUGACAAAACUUACUAUGUUUUCCUUCCUCCUGAGCUAUGCCUAGUACACCCACUGCCUGGAUCACUCAUUCGUGGUGCUCAAAGGCUGCCUUCAAUAAUGAGGAGGGUUGAAAGCAUGCUUCUUGCUGUUCAGCUUAAGAAUAUGAUAAACUAUCCUGUUCAGUCUUUAAAGAUCUUGGAGGCCUUGACCGCUGCCUCUUGCCAGGAGACAUUCUGCUAUGAGAGGGCAGAGCUUCUAGGAGACGCUUAUCUGAAAUGGGUUGUUAGUCGAUUUCUUUUCCUAAAAUAUCCACAGAAACAUGAAGGCCAGCUUACUAGGAUGAGACAACAAAUGGUCAGUAACAUGGUAUUAUAUCAGUAUGCAUUAAGUAAGGGUCUUCAAUCAUAUAUCCUAGCAGACCGCUUUGCCCCAUCCAGAUGGGCAGCUCCUGGGGUGUUGCCUGUCUUUGAUGAGGAUACAAAGGAUGGGGAGUCAUCUUUAUUUGAGCAGGAGCAAUCCAUUUCUAAGACUGAAAGGAUGGACAACACUGAUGUAUUUGAGGAUGAAAUGGAAGAUGGUGAGCUUGAGAGUGAUUCAAGUUCUUACCGAGUUCUGUCUAGCAAGACACUUGCGGAUGUUGUGGAAGCACUGAUUGGGGUAUAUUAUGUCGAAGGUGGUAAGAAUGCUGCUAACCACCUUAUGAAAUGGAUUGGUAUUCACAUAGAGAUUGAUCCCGAUGAGAUGGAGUGUACAAGAAAGCCAUCUGAUGUUCCGGACAGCAUACUUAGGAGUGUUGAUUUUGAUGCUUUAGAAGGUGCUCUAAAUAUUAGGUUUAAAGACAAGGGACUGCUGAUAGAAUCCAUAACUCAUGCCUCCAGACCAUCUUCAGGAGUAUCCUGUUAUCAGCGGUUGGAGUUUGUUGGUGAUGCUGUCUUGGAUCAUCUUAUAACCAGGCACUUGUUUUUCUCGUACACAGAUCUGCCACCAGGACGUCUGACUGACCUUCGUGCUGCUGCUGUAAACAAUGAAAAUUUUGCACGUGUUGCAGUUAAACACAAUCUUCACAUGCAUUUGCGACAUGGGUCCAGUGCCCUAGAAAAACAGAUUAAAGAAUUUGUGAAGGAAGUUCAAAAUGAAUUGUCAAAACCAGGGUUUAACUCGUUUGGUCUUGGAGACUGCAAAGCUCCUAAGGUCCUUGGUGACAUCGUUGAAUCUAUUGCUGGUGCCAUUUUUCUUGACAGUGGGAGGAAUACUGCUGUUGUUUGGAAGGUUUUUCAGCCUCUUUUGCAUCCUAUGGUUACCCCAGAGACUUUGCCAAUGCAUCCUGUGCGUGAGCUGCAAGAGCGAUGCCAGCAGCAGGCCGAAGGCUUGGAGUAUAGAGCAAGUCGUGUUGGCAAUUUGGCCACUGUUGAAGUAUUCAUUGAUGGGGUACAAGUAGGGGCUGCUCAAAAUCCACAGAAAAAAAUGGCACAGAAAUUAGCUGCCAGAAAUGCUCUUGCAGCUUUGAAAGAGAAGGAAGUGGAGAAAAUUCAGGAGAAGAAUGAUGAGAAUGAGACAAAGAAUGGGAACCAGACAUUUACUAGACAGACAUUAAAUGACAUCUGUUUGCGAAGAAAUUGGCCUAUGCCAUUCUACCGGUGUGUGAGUGAGGGUGGUCCUGCACAUGCAAAGAGGUUUACCUUCGCAGUGCGCGUCAAUACUACUGAUAAAGGUUGGACUGAUGAAUGUAUUGGAGAGCCAAUGCCAAGCGUCAAGAAGGCCAAAGACUCAGCUGCUGUUCUUCUCUUAGAACUUAUAAACAAAUUAUACUCUUGAUAGAUGGAGUGUUUGUCAUUCGCAUUCUAUCUUGUCAAAUUAUUUAUCAACUUGUUCAAACUACCAUCUCCCAAUCAGAACCAGUAGUUAAAUAAAUUAGAAACUACAGAGAUUUUACGAAUUGGGAAAAAGUUGUCCAAUUAUUUGUGGUUCCAAUGAGAAAAAUAUGAAAGUUACAAUCUAGAUUGCAAUUUUUCUACUAGCACACGGGCCUGGUCCCAUAAUUUUAUAUUUAUGAACACUCACCAUGGCUAGUAUAUUUUGUAACAGAAGAGAGUGCAUAAAACAAGUGGUUACAGACCAGAAUUUCGCAUUGAGGCCUGACAGCCAGCAUUUAGUCUAUGAUUGUUUUCAAUAACUCCUGUAGUAGCUUUGUUUGUCAGGUAUCUUAUUGACACCUGCUAUUAAAAGUUAUACUAAUUUGCAGGCUAUUUUUUUUGAA